UGGGCCGCGCCGACCGCCGCCGCCGCCGCCGGAGAGGCCCGGCCCCGCCGCCCGAGCAGGCAGCGCGCGGGCCGCCGGGCCCGAGGCCGGAGCCAUGGGCGAGACCAAGAUCAUCUACCACCUGGACGGGCAGGAGACGCCGUACCUGGUGAAGCUGCCCCUGCCCGCCGAGCGCGUCACCUUGGCGGACUUUAAGGGCGUUCUGCAGCGACCCAGCUAUAAGUUCUUCUUCAAGUCUAUGGACGACGAUUUCGGAGUGGUGAAGGAGGAGAUCUCGGACGACAAUGCCAAGCUGCCCUGCUUCAAUGGCCGGGUGGUGUCCUGGCUGGUGUCGGCUGAGGGCUCACACCCAGAGCCAGCUCCCUUCUGUGCUGACAACCCAUCGGAACUGCCACCGCCCAUGGAGCGCACAGGAGGCAUUGGGGACUCCCGGCCCCCAUCCUUCCACCCUCAUGCUGGUGGGGGCAGCCAGGAGAACCUGGACAAUGACACAGAGACUGACUCCUUGGUGUCUGCCCAGCGAGAGCGGCCACGACGGAGGGAUGGCCCAGAGCACACAACCCGGCUAAAUGGAACUGCAAAGGGGGAGCGGCGGCGAGAGCCAGGGGGGUAUGACAGCUCAUCCACCCUUAUGAGCAGCGAGUUGGAAACCACCAGCUUCUUUGAUUCAGAUGAGGAUGACUCCACCAGCAGGUUCAGCAGCUCCACAGAGCAGAGCAGCGCCUCACGCCUGAUGAGAAGACACAAGCGGCGGCGGCGGAAGCAGAAGGUUUCGCGGAUUGAGAGGUCCUCGUCCUUCAGCAGCAUCACGGACUCCACCAUGUCACUCAACAUCAUCACGGUCACUCUCAACAUGGAAAAGUAUAACUUCUUGGGUAUCUCCAUUGUGGGCCAAAGCAACGAGCGUGGUGACGGAGGCAUCUACAUUGGCUCUAUCAUGAAGGGGGGGGCCGUGGCUGCUGAUGGACGCAUCGAGCCAGGAGAUAUGCUGUUACAGGUAAACGAGAUCAACUUUGAGAACAUGAGUAAUGACGACGCGGUCCGGGUACUGCGGGAGAUCGUGCACAAACCAGGGCCCAUCACCUUGACUGUAGCCAAGUGCUGGGACCCAAGUCCACGUGGGUGCUUCACACUGCCCAGGAGCGAGCCCAUCCGGCCCAUUGACCCCGCGGCCUGGGUCUCCCACACUGCAGCCAUGACCGGCACCUUCCCUGCCUACGGCAUGAGCCCCUCCCUGAGCACCAUCACCUCCACCAGUUCCUCCAUCACCAGCUCCAUCCCUGACACAGAGCGCCUAGACGACUUCCACCUGUCCAUCCACAGUGACAUGGCCGCCAUCGUAAAAGCCAUGGCCUCCCCUGAAUCCGGGCUGGAGGUCCGUGACAGGAUGUGGCUCAAGAUUACCAUCCCCAAUGCUUUCAUCGGCUCGGAUGUGGUGGACUGGCUGUACCACAACGUGGAAGGCUUCACUGACCGGCGAGAGGCCCGCAAAUACGCCAGCAACCUGCUGAAGGCCGGCUUCAUCCGCCACACUGUCAACAAGAUCACCUUCUCUGAGCAGUGCUAUUACAUCUUCGGCGACCUCUGUGGCAACAUGGCCAACCUCUCCCUCCACGAUCAUGAUGGCUCCAGCGGCGCCUCCGACCAGGACACGCUGGCCCCUCUGCCGCACCCAGGGGCUGCCCCUUGGCCCAUGGCUUUCCCUUACCAGUACCCGCCGCCCCCGCACCCCUACAACCCGCACCCAGGCUUCCCCGAGCUGGGGUACAGCUAUGGCGGGGGCAGCGCCAGCAGUCAGCACAGUGAAGGCAGCCGGAGCAGUGGCUCCAACCGUAGCGGCAGCGACCGGCGGAAGGAGAAGGACCCGAAGACCGGGGACUCGAAGUCGGGCGGCAGCGGCAGCGAGUCGGACCACACGACCCGCAGCAGCCUGCGGGGGGCGCGGGAGCGGGCGCCCAGCGAGCGCUCGGGUCCUGCCGCCAGCGAGCACAGCCACCGCAGCCACCACUCGCUGGCCAGCAGCCUGCGCAGCCAUCACACGCACCCGAGCUACGGCCCCCCCGGGGUGCCCCCUCUCUACGGCCCCCCCAUGCUGAUGAUGCCCCCACCGCCUGCGGCCAUGGGGCCCCCGGGAGCCCUCCGGGCCGCGACCUGGCCUCCGUGCCCCCUGAACUGACCGCCAGCAGACAGUCCUUCCGCAUGGCCAUGGGAAACCCCAGUGAGUUCUUUGUGGAUGUGAUGUGAGCAGGGCCCCUUCCCCACUUCCAUCCCACCCCGCCCCGGGCAGGCCGCGUCCCUUUCUCCGUCCGUCCGUCAUUUUUACUUUGGUACCUGAAAGGGAAAUAAAUGGAACUAAAUCCAGGCCCGCUAACCGCUCGCUGGGUGCAGCGAGGGCAGGGUGCACCUGAUCGCCACUGCAGCCCCUAACCUGCCACCAGCCCCGGCUUGUUCCUCUGCCCACUAACCGCUGCACAGGACUUCCCGGGAUCCUUCGUGUUCCUGGGACCCGAACUGCUGGUGCUGCUCCUUACCACCCGCCGUCACCACCACACAGACUUCAGGAGCUGACCCAGCGGUGCCCUUGAGGGCCUGCAUAACCCUCAUCCCCACUUUCCCUCCCUCAGUUCUUUUUCACCAUUCAUUCAGCUGCAUCAUCCCUCUGUUAAUCCAUCCCCUCAAGCAUGCGUGCCGAUUUCUUGGUUUUUCCCCUUAAUACUGAUACAAAAAAAAAAAAAAAGACUUGCUUCCUCUGCCCCUCCUCCUAACUGCCCUUGCUACUGCCUCAGCCCCGCACCCUAGAGCUGUAGUCACCUCCAGUAACCAUCCACACUAACUCCACCUGCGCUCAACCUUAGCAGAAGCCCAGCGGGCCCCCUCAGUUGCCUGAGCUGCUAGUGGAUUCCAGGGAGCAUCUGUGCUCUAUACCCAGCCCCACCGCUGCCCCAUGCCUGCCCGGUGUGCUGGUUCCUUCAGACCCUAACCCUACUAACCAGCAGGCUCAUCUCACCUCGGGGCCUGAAACAUUUCUUUUCUUUCUUUUUUCCUCCCCCCAUUUUUCCUGGGCCUGGAGCAGCCAAGAAUUUCAGGUUGUUUGACUUUCUGUGAGCCCCCAGCGAGGGGAGGCCCAGCCUCCGAGGAGACCAGGAGCCCUGCUUCAGCAGCCCCUCAGGGCUUCCCAAGGAUAUUUCAGCCCCCAUACCCACACUUUAACCCGUUGAGUCACUAGGCUUCCGAGGAGCACCCAGCCUCUCGCCCAUUUGUGAGAGACUCACUCUCUUUCCCUCUCUCCCUCUUUCUCACACACACCUCCCCCACCCCCUGCCCCAACACACACGUGCCUAUGCAAGUUCACUUAAGCCUCAGGGCUGGUCCCUGACCAGAGGGCUGGACCCUCUCUCCCAGUCCGCUCCUAGGUCAUGGGGCUGGUCCCCUGAUUUCUCUCUCCCUUUCUUCAUAGCCCUCAAACCUCCCACACAUGUCCCCAUAAUAUUUCUAUCUGGUUAAAGCCCAUAAUCUGGGUCUCAGGUUGGGCUCAGCGCAGGACCCCCCAGGCAACUGACAGGCUGUUCUCACCUUGCCCCGCGCCCCACACACCCUCCUGUGUUUUCACCAUCACCAUGAUAACCCAGAGCAAGGUUAGGCAGGGGGACUCCUGGGACUUCCAGGACUUCCAGACAGAGUGCCACGUUUUAGUUUUUACCUUAUUCUCCCAUUUAAGCAAAUCACAACUUUCUCUGUGAGCCUCUUCUAUAAAUUCUGGCUCACCUAGGCUUCCAUAUUUUUAGGUCUGGGAUGUCAAGCGUAAGAUGAAGUCCUAAGCUCCAGGUCUUGGAGCAAUCCAGGGUAGGGGUAUUUUGGCAUUCAUUCAUUUAACAAAUAUUCCCUGGGAUUUGGGGUGCAUGAGGGCUGUGUUAGAAGUGUGACUCAGUCUUGCCUUUCUUCUGGGAGCUCUAGGUUUGCUCCCAACCCAGAACAUGGUUUCCUCUAGCCACCACUAUAGGGCUGCCUCCUGUACUUCUCUUCCUUCUCUGAUUCUUCUGUCUCUGACUCUCUUGAGGAUUCCUCCACUAUUGCUCAUGCCUUCAGGGUCCCUGUAUUUUAUCUCUGUUCCACUUCUCUUUCCUCUGUAUUUACUCCCGAAACGGUAUCAUCCAUCCUGACAUCCUCAACUGCCAUUAAUAUGCUGGUGAUUCCCAGCCCUAACUUCCCUUUAUCUUUAGAUCUGUAUUUUUAUCACCCGCUGGACCUCUCCAUGGAUGUGUCCACGUGGACUCAACUCAUUUCCUUCCCACCCCCCCCGAAGUGUGUUCCUUCUGAAUUCCAAUCCUGGUUACCUUCAUCACACUCUUCAUAGGCUCACCAGCUAGAAACAUUUAUGGGCUUAAAUUCCUUCCCAUAUUUUACUAGUCAGUAUAUCAUAUCCAUUCCACUCCAACAAUCUUUCUUGAAUUUGGCCCUUCCUCUCCCCUCUGCCUCUACUCUAGUUCACAGGAGCAUGGGAUUUGGAGUCAGGUUAUUCUGGGUUUGAAUCCCAGCUCUACUACUUUUUGGUUGCGUGAUAAGAGAGUUAUUCAGUCUCUCUGAGCCUCAGUUUCCUCAUAUGUAAAAUGAUGAUAAUAAUACCUACCUCACAGGGUUGUUGUGAGGAUUUAAGUUAGAUAUUGUACGAAAAGUGCCUAGCACAGUGCCUGGCACACAGUAGAAUAGGUGCUCAAUAAAUGGUAGCUAUUGUUAUUAUUA